AGAUCCAGUCAGUCUUUACACCUCUGCUGUCACACAAAAACAGACAAACACACUGCAGACAUCAUGGAGGACAGCAUGAUUCUGGAUGUUGAGGGGAUCAAGAAGACUAUCCUGUAUGGGGGAACUGGUGCAAAGCCCAAAUUUGUGACUGGAACUAAGGUGACGUUUCAUUUCCGCACACAGCUCUGCAAUGAUGAACGUACCGUGAUUGAUGAUAGUAAAAAGGCUGGGAUGCCCAUGGAAAUGGUGAUCGGGAACAUGUUUAAGCUGGAUGUGUGGGAGACGCUGCUCAUGUCAAUGCAUAUCGGAGAGGUGGCUGAGUUCUGGUGUGAUGUCAUCCACACUGGGCUGUAUCCAAUAGUAGCCAAGAGUCUGCGACGUAUCGCAGUGGGGAAAGAUCCAGUGGACUGGCACAUUCACACCUGCGGCAUGGCCAAUAUGUUCGCCUACCACAGCCUGGGCUAUGAUGAUCUGGACGAGCUCCAGAAGGAACCACAGCCGCUGUACUUUGUCAUGGAGCUUCUCAAGGUACAGCAGCCCAGUGAGUAUGACAGAGAGUCGUGGGCUCUGAAUGACGAGGAGAGACUGAAAGCGGUACCUGUCCUCCAUGGUCAAGGAAACAAGCUCUUCAAACAAGGACGAUAUGAGGACGCCACACUCAAGUAUAAAGAAGCCAUUAUAUGCAUCAAGAAUGUACAGUCAAAAGAAAAGGCAUGGGAAGCGCCCUGGCUAAAACUGGAGAAAAUGGCCAACACGCUCACUUUAAAUUACUGUCAGUGUUUGCUGCGCAUGGAGGAGUACUAUGAGGUCAUCGAACACACAAGUGACAUCAUCAACCAGCACCCUGGGACAAUGAAAGCCUUCUAUAUGCGUGGCAAAGCACACAUGGAGGUUUGGGAUGAAACCGAAGCCAGAAAUGAUUUCAUGCGGGUGUUGGAUCUGGACCCAGGUAUGAAAAAGACCAUCAAGAAAGAGCUUGCAGUUCUCAAAAUGAGAAUGGAGGUAAAAAAUGAGGAGGACAGGCUGAAGUACAAGGGCAUGUUUGCAAAAAUGGCGAGCGAGCAGGACUCCCUAGAGCUGGAGAAUCCAGACCAAGAGAUCCCCGAGCAAACAUGUCAAGUACAAGACAUGGAAAAUCCAGAGGAAGCACCUGCUGAAGAACGAGCAAACUCAAUGCAAAAAACUGCAGAGAUGACUUUAGCAUCAGAUCCAGAACAAACAACUACUGCCCAAUCAAGCUCUGAUAAUGUGAUCCCAGAACAACCAACGACUCAAGAUCUGACUGCAGAGCAAACUACCAUAGAAGAAACUGCUCCAGAACAGUUCGACACAAAUCACACAUUUGUGGUGCAAUCAGAUUCUAAGGAAGCAUCACCAAGUCCAGAGCCAAUGUGUCUAGAACAAGAAGCCCAAGAUACCGAGUCCUCAGAUCAUAUGACUCCAGGAAACUGACCCGCCAGUCAAUGAGUCUUAAGCGUAACAGAUUUUUCAAGAGUGAUGCAAUAAUGAAGGUGUUAAUGUUCAAAAUGUAACAAAUAUACACACUUUAUACUGUUAUGCAUACUGUUAUUUAUUAGUAGCAAUUAUAAAUAUUUCUUCACUUCCUUUUUUUAGCACAGAUUUUUCACUGGUAGAAUGCGAAAUAUUUUAAUACGCCUCACAGCAAGAAGGUCGCUGAUUCGAGUCCCAGCUGGACCAGUUGGCAUUUCUGUGUGGAGUUUGCAUGUUCUCCCUG